CUUCUUCCCUGUUUCAGUUCUUCCCCACCAAACCCUAAAACAACUGAAAUUCAAUUUUUGUUCGAUGGAUUUACAGUGGACUGACAAUCGCCAUCGCUGUGUUCUCUGAUUCUGGUCUCUCCGUGUUGUUCAGCUUUUCACUCUCCUAAUAUUUCCUACAUUCAUGGGAGAGAACAACAAAAGACGACUCUCCGACAAUGGCCACCAACGAAGCAAGAAGCAUCAAUCUUCAUCUUCCCCUUCUUCUGCUCGAACUCCCACUCGCUCAACCUCAAUCUCUCACGCUCGGUUCAACAAUCCCUCACCGGAACCGUCGAGGAGCAAAACCCCACAUUUCGUUUCGUAUCUCGACUUCCCUAAUUUGCCCUUCAAAAUUAAAUUACUGUGUGAAAUUAUCGCCAACGCCUCAUCGAUUGAUCUCGAAAUCGUUCUGGAAGAGACCGGUGUUCAGGUUAGUCGAGAAGAUGUGGAGGACGUUCUGAAAUUAUCUUACAAGUUUCCGGGAUCAUCCAUGAAGUUCUUCCGGUGGUCUGGCCGGAAACUCAACGACCAACACAGUCCUUAUGCGUGGAAUUUGAUCGUCGACAUGUUGGGUAAGAAUUUACAUUUUGAACCAAUGUGGGAUGCUAUGAAAUCGAUGAAGAACGAAGGGUUGAUUUCUUUGGCUACUUUUGCUUCUGUGUUUAGUAGUUAUAUAGUUGCUAAUCGUGUUAAGGAUGCCAUUGUGUCAUUUGAGGUUAUGGAUCUUUAUGGUUGUCCUCGUGAUGUAGUGGCAUUGAAUUCACUUCUAAGUGCUAUAUGUAGGGAUGGAAACACCAAGGAUGCUGAUGAGUUUUUGCAGAUAGCGAAAGGUAAAAUUAGGCCUGACCCUGAUUCUUAUGCCAUUGUAUUAGAAGGAUGGGAAAGUGAAGGAAAUAUAGUCUGUGCCAGACAAACCUUUGUAGAGAUGAUAGAACAGAUUGGUUGGGAUCCCACCAAUACCCCUGCUUAUAAUUCCUUUUUAUGUUUAUUGCUCAAGGACCCCAAUGGGCUGCACGAGGCAUUGAUGUUCUUCAAGAGAUUGAAAGAUAAGAUGUGCUAUCCGGGAUUUAAGUUUUUCAAGCUUGCCCUUGAUGAGUGUGCGAAGAAUCGCGAUGUCAAAGCGGGGAAGUAUCUUUGGAAUGAAAUCAUAGAGAGUAUUAAUUUUCAGCCCGAUACACAUAUGUACAAUUCGAUGAUUGUUCUAUGUUGCCAUCAAAACGACGCUGAUGCAGCGAGAAGGCUGUUAGAUGAGAUGAUAUCUUAUGGAGCAUUCCCGAAUUUGGAAACUUACAAUUUGUUAUUUCGGUUCUUGUUAAAGGAAAAGAAAUUGAGAGAGGCUUCAAGUAUAUUUGAUGAAAUGGUUAAAAAUGAGUUUGUUCCAAGCCAUGCUAAUUGUAAAGCAGCAGUCAGGAUUUACAUUGAAAAUGAAGACCCAAAUGGAGCCAUAAAAGUAUGGAAAUGUAUGGUUAAAAUUUAUGAAUCUGAUCUUGAAGAGAUUGGUAAUUUCUUGAUUGUAGGGCUCCAAGAUCAAAGGAGGUUGCCAGAAGCAGUCAAGUAUGCUAAUGAGAUGAUUGAUAGAGGUAUCAUUUUGAAACAUUCAACUUUGUCUAAACUAAAACAGAGCCUUUUUGAAGUUAGGAAGGAAUUUAUGUACGACGAGCUAAUGAUGAAGUUGAAAUUUAGUGAGAGAUAAGAAUUUUGGUGCUUCUAACCUCUGCAUAUCUUUUUCCUAUGGGUUAUAGAGAUGAUAUAUUUGGGGCUCGGAUCGGGCGUGCAUUCUGAAAUGUAUCGAUUUCUGUGGAAUCUUCUGCUGUUUUCAAUGAACAUGUAGAUGUCUGUGAAGUGUUCUAGUACAAAACAAGAAACUGUUGUAGCAUGUUUUUCCAUCUCAUUGGAAGGGAAGCAUUUUGUGGAGUUGGAGAGUGAUGAUAAUUGGUAUAAGGAGAGAAAAUCUGUACUUUUUGAUACCAAAAGAAGAGAGUAUCACAGAGAAGGCUUCUCUGUUACUUUCCUUGAAUAGAACAUAGAUAUCUGUUUGUGGUGCCUCUCCUAUGAAGGGAUUUUCUUGUAGUUCUUGGAAGGUCAUAACGAACAUGAAGAGAAGAAUUUCCAAGAAGAUUAUUUUUGUCUUUUUUUUUUUUGCUGGGAAGGUCAUAUUCAGGAGAAGUGCAACACUGUGAUCGUAUUCAGUUGUCCUGUGAUCGAUUUCGGCCGUUCUGGAAUCAGCUCAUUUAGAGAUGAGAUGUCGAGAGGCAUGGGAGAGGUAUGAGUAGUGGACUUUGCUUGCAAAGAGUCCUGUAAUUAUCCUGGGUGUUAUUGAUUGUUAACAGGCUCUUUUGUUGUGGGCUGGCUUCUUUUUUCUUUGCUUUCCUUCCUUGGUUUGUGAUCUUUUCACCCGCUAGUCAUUGCUUCAUGCCAUCCUCGAGGUGAGAAAUCACGGAUCUUCACAAUGUUCCUCGUCAUAGAAUGACAACUUAACUGAUCUGGACUGUUCAUGCUGACCUUCGCUCUUGGAUUCUCUUCAACUUCACAGUCCAUUCUUGCGUGCAAUACAAAGAUUUGUUCUUUAA